ACGUCUAGACCUCGCACUACAAAAGGAGCCCAGCCAAGCCAAAUGGCGACCAUUUCCUGUAGAGCACUCCGUGUUGGGGCAGCUCUAGGUUCUAGACUUCUUGAAAAUAACCGAACUUAUUCAAAUAGAAACGCUAGCCCGAGAAAUUUCCGGACCCAUUUUGGAUUUUCACGCAACCCAUUAUCUCUAUCGAAAUCGUCGUCGACUGUACUCAAUAGAAUGGACGAUACAGCUAGGGUUUCCACUCUGUCCAGUGGAGGGGACGAUGUCCUUCGCUUCCCGUUGUCUCCAUCGAAUGCUUUGGUCAUUCAGAAAGGAGACAUCACAAAGUGGUCCAUCAAUGGCUCCUCCGACGCAAUAGUGAAUCCAGCAAAUGAGAGAAUGCUUGGAGGUGGUGGUGCAGAUGGAGCCAUACACAGAGCUGCUGGGCCAGAUCUUCGUCAAGCGUGCUUCAACGUUCCAGAAGUCAGACCUGGAAUUCGCUGUCCAACAGGGGAAGCUAGGAUCACCCGAGGUUUUAGGCUGCCUGCUUCUCAUGUUAUUCAUACCGUUGGACCAAUCUAUAAUUCAGAUAUUAAUCCUGCUGCAUCUCUUGCAAGUGCUUACAGGAAUAGCUUGAAGGUCGCAAAAGAGAACAAUAUUCAGUAUAUAGCAUUUCCUGCUAUAUCUUGCGGCGUCUAUGGAUAUCCUUAUGAUGAAGCUGCCACUGUGGCAAUAUCCACCAUCAGAGAGUUUCGAGAUGACUUUAAGGAGGUCCACUUCGUUCUGUUCUCGCCUGAUAUCUAUCACGUUUGGAUAAACAAAGCGAGCGAGUUGCUGAAAGAGUAGCUUGAUUCAUCAACUAUCGAGUGCCUGAAUAAUAUGGAGGAGACCUGCAAGUUCCAUUGCCAGAUUUCAAAAGCUACUAUUCUAGAAAAUGAAAUAGAAGCUUGAGGAUCUUAUAAUUGAGAAUUUGGUCUUUUUCUUUUCCGGUGACAGAAUGGAGUCUUUAAUUGGAGAUUAUUAGUUUCAUGCUGGUCAGCUGUUACUUUUUUGUGCUAUGGUCUGUGGUAUUGUGAAGAAGUCCUGCUGGAGCCUCCCUGAACUCCUGUGUUCAUGAUGCUGUUAUGUAAAAAUUCAGCGACUUAGCAUCAGUUUUCUAUUUCGCGAAAAUUCAUGCUAUUUUGUAAACUCUACAUGGUUUUCUUAGUGUUUGUCAUAUCAAUAGAAAAUUUAUGUCUGCUGCUAGAGAAGUAAAUGGAUGUUUUAUUUGGGAAAUGGAAUGAAAUGUUAAGGAA